AAUUAGAAACUAGUGAGUAACUUUUAAAUGACUUAUUUCUUAUCAAUCGGCACAAAUUAUUUAUUAGUGUAGUUGUAGUGACAUGUAUAUGAAAAUCUAUGUUAAGUAGACAAAUUAGCAAUGAGUAAUAAGGAUUUUGCUGAAGUGGUAAUAGAAAAGGAAAAUGAAUACAUUAACACAAGACGGAAAAAAGCAACAAAAUCGGAAGUCGAAUUUGAAGCUCCUACAUGUCUUACAGUACUGCUAGCACGGAUUGGGUACUACAUUCUUAUAGCAAUAGGAUUUUUAAACGAAUUUCUGUUUCCUUCAAAAGUAGUAGAAGAAAAAAAUAGAAAAGGUUACGAAAGCAUUCUUGAUAACUACACGCCGUUUUAUUUAAAAUACGUAGUUUACCGAUAUAACGACUGUCAGAGGACCAUAUGUAGUAUCGCAGGACCUGAAGUGACUUUUAGAGAUCGAGUGUUUACCAUAAACUCACAGUAUCGAGCAGUAGGUGCCGAGUACAAGUGUUUAAAUUUGGGCUCCUACAACUACUUAGGAUUCGCCGAAAACUCUGGGCCUUGUGCAGAAAAUGCAAUUAAAUCGAUAUACCAAUAUGGCAUUAGCACUGGUAAUUCUAGAUUGCAACAUGGGACAUGUGCGUUGCACGAUGAGGUGGAAAAACUCUUAGCAGAUUAUUUGGGAGUAGAAGAUUCCGUUAUAUUCGGAAUGGGAUAUGCCACGAAUGCGUUAACUAUACCCACAUUUGUGUCAUCUGAAUGUUUGGUACUGAGUGAUAAACAAAAUCAUGCCAGUAUGAUAUUUGGUUUUAAACUACCAAACGCAACAGUAAAGAUAUUUAAACACAAUGAUAUGGAACAUUUAGAAAAGUUGUUAAAAGAAGGAAUAUAUUAUGGUCAACCUUAUCAAGAAAACAAUAGUUACAAACCGUGGAAAAAGAUUAUUAUAUUUGUUGAAGGGCUUUAUAGCAUGGAAGGUACCAUAUGCCCCCUGCCGAAAAUAAUAGCUCUUAAGAAAAAAUACAAAGCAUAUUUAUAUUUAGAUGAAGCUCAUAGCAUAGGAGCCCUAGGAAAACGAGGACGGGGAGUUGUGGAUUAUUAUAAUUGUAAUUCUAACGAUGUGGAUAUGUUAAUGGGAACAUUUACUAAGAGCUUUGGUGCUGCAGGUGGAUAUAUAGCAGGGAAGAGGGAGCUGAUUACAAAUCUUCGGCAACAUACAUAUGCUUCCAAAUAUAGUUGGGCGGUAUCUCCUCCAGUUGCUGCCCAAAUAAUGACAGUAUUAAGGAUACUCAUGGAAAAAGACGUCACUAGUGAUGGUAGGAACAGAAUUGAGAGACUAUCACGAAACUCAAGGUACUUCAGAUUGCGAUUGAAACAGAUGGGUUUAGUUAUUUAUGGAAAUGAUAAUUCCCCUGUUAUACCUAUCCUAACGUAUCACUACUCCAAGUUUGCGUACAUGGUUCGAAGGUUAUUGCAAGAAAAUAUUGCGGCAGUGGGUGUGACUUAUCCUUUAACGACUUACUUAAAAACAAGAAUAAGAAUUUGUUUAUCCGCAGGCCAUACCAAAGAUCAGCUGGAUCGUGUUCUUCAAAUACUUGACAAGAUUUCGGAUGAAAUUGGUUUAAGAUAUUCAAGAAUACCCAUUGAAAACACACCGGUAGCAUGGGAUGAUAAAGAAAUAUAAGAUAGGAAAUUGAUGCUUCGUAAUGAGUGGAAAUUUGAUUGUAUUUUUAGACAUUUUUAAUAAAACAUACUACUAUUACCUAAGGGUAACAUGUUAUACCUAUAUUUUUAAGCUUAGGAAAUAAAUACAUGUUUUAAUA